GGGGUAGUUCUUGAUCCUUCAUAGUCUUUUUUUAUCUCUUCUCUUCCUUUUCAUUUCCUUUUCCGUCAGCUUUAAAUAAUUAAAUAGCAAGAGCCUAUCCUGUUGGGGCUCAAUUGUUCAUAACUUAGGUCUUACUUACGUACGCUCCCCUCCUCGUGGUCACUUCGAAAACAGCAUCUCGCCACCGACUUCUUACUUUUUGUUAUCCGUGUGUUAUUACUAGAUUUAAGACCUCACAUCUAGUAUAACUCUACCAGUCAAUCGGGAGCAAAUGGUUACACGGCAUAAUUGAAGAACAAUGGGCGACCUCAAAGAACCAACUCGGCGCAACAGCGCGCGUCACAGCAUAAUCGCCCAAGAUGCGGCCGCGUUAGCGCAUCUAGGCCAUAAGCAAGAACUCAAGCGCAACUUUUCUAUGAUUUCCAUGUUAGGACUCGCUUUCGCCAUUCUAAACACAUGGACAGCUCUCGCAGCCUCUAUUUCCCUCGCGUUACCAUCCGGUGGACCAAGUGCCGUUAUCUGGGGUCUUAUUGUCGCGGGUGUAUGUAAUUUGUGUCUCGCCGCGUCGCUUGCGGAGUUCUUGUCUGCUUAUCCGACGGCUGGUGGACAGUACCAUUGGGCUGCGAUUGUCGCGUGGAAGAAUUGGAGUAGGAGUAUUAGUUAUGCGACCGGUUGGAUUAACGUGAGCGGUUGGGUUGCACUGACGGCUACUGGAGGUUUGUUGGGUAGCACGUUUAUCAUCAACAUCAUAUCGCUACUCCAUGCCGACUAUGAAGCCAAAGCUUGGCACCAGUUCCUGAUUUAUAUCGGAUUUACCCUUAUAGCGCUUUUCAUCAAUGCUUUUUCUACACGCUUACUCCCGUUGUUUACGAAAGCGGCGUUUUUCUGGAGUUUGACUGGGUUCGUGGUUAUUAGUAUCACGAUAUUAGCGUGCGCAUCGCCAAACUACCAGAGCGGGGAGUUUGUGUAUGGCUCUUUUAUUAAUGAAGUUGGAUGGCCCGAUGGUCUUGCGUGGUUGUUGGGAUUGCUACAGGGCGCGUUUGCGCUUACGGGUUUUGAUGCCGUGGCGCAUAUGAUUGAAGAAAUUCCACAACCACACAUUCGUGGACCACGUAUCAUGCUCUACUGCAUUGGAAUUGGCAUGUUGACGGGUUUCGUGUUUUUGUCGUGUCUCCUGUUUUGCGUCAAGAAUAUCGACGAUGCGAUUGAAUCGGCUGCGGGCCCGUUGCUGCAGAUCUUCAUGGAUGCUACGCAGAAUAAGGCUGGCAGUGUUUGCCUGCUGAUGUUCCCGUUGGUAUGCAUGUUAUUCACAGAGACAACAUUGAUGGCGACGAGUAGUCGAAUGUCUUAUGCAUUUGCGCGAGACCGUGGAUUGCCGUUUAGCAGGGUUUUUGCGAUGGUUCAUCCUCAACUGGAUGUGCCCUUGAACGCGCUACUUUGGACAGCAGCUUGGGUUGUGGUAUUUGGAUGUAUUUUCCUUGGGUCGACAAGUACCUUCAACGCGAUUACCUCCGCAUCGGUUGUCGCUUUGGGUGUGACGUACGCUAUUCCGCCGUCAAUCAAUGUGCUGCGUGGGCGUAAGAUGUUACCUCCGAAACGCGCAUUUAUAUUACCUGGGGCUAUUGGUUGGAUUUUGAACUUGGUCGGAAUAGCCUGGACAAUCCUGACGACGGUACUUUUCGUUUUCCCGCCUGAGAUACCAGUUACAAGUGAGAACAUGAACUACUGCAUUGUGGCGUUCGGUGUUAUCUUAUUAAUCGCCGGGCUUACAUGGAUCUUCGAUGGACGCAAGAAUUACAAGGGGCCGCAUGUUGAUGUAGAGGGUUUGGAGAAGGGUAAAAUUGAAGGGGUAGAAGCCGUACUUGAGCAAGAACCAACCGAGGCCCACGUCGAGUCUAAAGCUGUGGCUUGAGUGAUGACGGGGCGGCGCGUGUGAUAUGCACGCAACCUAAAAGUCUCGGAUA